UUUAAAAAGAAAGAGAGAAAAGAGCAAGAAAUGAGGUCUUAUUGUUGAUAGUCCUUUGAGGAACAAGAGGUAGAGGAGCAGCAAUCAAUACAGCAAGCCUUGUAGCUACUACACUCCAAGAUUUCUGUGUGAGUGUGAGUGAGUGUGUGUGUGUGUGAGAGAGAGAGAGAAAGAAGUGGGGACUGAGAGACACCAAGGCAUGUGUGCCAGUCCAGCCUGAGCAGCCAGCCAGAAGUUCUUAGAAUAAGAGAGAGAAAGAGAGAAGAAAAGUAAGUGUAGAUCUGAAACUAUACUUACACACUUUGAGAAGUCAAGAAACCAAGAACAAGAAGAAGAGAUGCAGUCUGGAUUUGGAACAGGAGGUGGAGGUGGAAGUGGAGGAAGUGGAGUUUCAGAGUUGCAGCAAUUCAUGGUUGAAGGUGGUUGUCCUUCAUCUUCAUCCACUUCCAUCUUUUCCAUCUCAACUUCCAACACUAACCUCCACCCUCAUCAUCACCACCACCAUCAUCAUCAUCAUCCUCACCCUCAUCAUCACCACCCUCCUUUACAACCACCUCCUCACUUCUCUCACUUCCAGUCCAUUCCCAUAACUCAGCAACUCUUCCACCAAGCUCACCACCCUUUCCAACUCUUUAGCCACUCACAUCACCCAGAGUUAGGCUUGGAUCUUGAGUCUGGCCCAGAGAACUCUAACUCUGCUACUGUUCAACCUGGAAAUGGUGCUCCUCCAACUUCUUUCCUCACUGCUGCUAUGAGUUUCAAGCUUGGUGUCAAUGAUAAUAGCAGCAGAGAAGAUGAAGGCAUUCUCCAUGGUGAUGAUGCUUCUGAUAGCCAUGUUCAUCCUUGGCAAAGAGAAGAAGAGUCCACCAUCAAAGAACCAUUCUGGAGGCCUUUGGACAUAGACUACAUCAACAACAAGAGGAGUACUACUAAUGAAAAGCAGCAGCAGCAGCAACAUCUACAAGAGUCCUCUAGCAAGUACUACAAGAAGACUAACAAAGAAGUGAAUGAACAACAACAACAACAAGGGAACAACAAUGGCAGUAACUAUAAGCUUUUUAGUGAGCUUGAAGCUAUCUAUAAACCAGGUAACAAUAAUGUUCUUGGUGGUGGUGAUGCUGGUGGUGGUAGCUCUAGUGCUAACAAUCAAACUGGGUCUGGAUCGGCACUCACCGGCGAUGAGAACCCCUUGAUGACUUUGGUGGCACCGGGGCCGAUAAGCGAGCAACGUAUUAGUACAAUUAACCAAAUCUCCGAUACUUCCACCGGUGAAGAAGCGGCGCCGAUGAAAAAGCACAUCAAGAGUGGUCGAAGGAAGAGGAAGAGAAGGCAGCAGCAGCAGCUGAGCUCCCUCACUUCAUUCUUCGAAAACAUGGUGAAACAACUGAUGGAUCAUCAAGAAGGACUGCAUAGAAAAUUCUUGGAAGUGAUUGAGAAGAGAGAUCAAGAUAGGAUGGUGAGAGAAGAGACUUGGAGGAAAGAAGAGGCUGCGCAGAAUAGCCGGGAAACUUCAAUGAGAGCUCAAGAACGAGCUCUGGCUUCGUCGAGAGAGACGGCAAUCAUUUCGUUCUUGGAGAAGAUAACUGGAGAAACACUCAAUCUUCCAACAAAGUCUCAAUUCCAAUCUUCAAAAUCAUAUCAUCAUUCACAGAAUGAGGAUAACAAUGCUGAGCAUGCUUAUGAUCCAUUAGAUCUCUCACAAGAAUUCAUGAUCAACAACAACAACAACAACAACAACAAUAACAACAAUGUAGAUGUUAACAACAAUCAAAUUCACAUGAAUUCAAGCCGGUGGCCUAAAGCGGAAGUUCAUGCACUUAUCAGAGUUAGAAGUAGUUUGGAGAUGAGAUUUCAAGAACCAGGACUUAAAGGGCCAUUGUGGGAAGAGGUGAGCUCUAUAAUGGCAUCAUUGGGGUAUUGCAGGAGCUCAAAGAGAUGCAAGGAGAAGUGGGAGAACAUCAACAAGUACUUCAGAAAGACUAAAGAAAGUGGCAAGAAGAGACCAAUGCAUUCCAAGACAUGCCCUUAUUUCCAUCAAUUGGAUCAACUCUACUCCAAGUCUCUCAACAACAACAACAACAACAACAACAACAACAACAACAACAACAACAAUAACAAGCUUUCCUCCUCCACCUCCAACUCAGACAGGAGACAGGAAUGACAACUCUGAACUCUUAGAUGCCAUUGUUCUCAACAAUGGCCAUGAAGAUGAUGAUGAUCAUCAUCAACAUGAUCAUGAAGAAGAACAUGAAGGCAAAGAAGAAGAAGAUGAUGAUGAUGAAGAAGAUGGAGGCAAGCAUCAACAUCAUGAACAUCUCUUUGAGAGUCUUGACUCUUAAUGCAAUUGCACUACUGCCUUGCAUUGUUUAAUUAUCUUCUUUCUUCUUAAUUUUCUUCUUCUGAGCAUGGAUUGAUUGUUUUAGAAUUCCAUUUGGUAGUAUUAAUUAAUUAGCUGAAUAAAGUUACUUUAAUUAA